AUGAGAGACCUUGUAGAGUCGGCGGUUCCGCACGUGGCAACUGGCCCCUGGAAGAACGUCGAACCACAGGCUAUUUUCACUUGGGACUCACCGCACCCCUUGGCACCCCAAACAGGUACCGAGCCUAGAAUGGAAGUCAGGCUUUGCGUCAAAACAACAGACCUCAAAAGACUCAUGCGCGGAGGGUUCUUCUGGACCACUGCCAACUUCGACUUCAAAGCCACUUACACCCAGGCCCUAGAUCACCACAGGGAACCCAGGAUGUUUGCGCAGAUGGGGUGGACGUGCACUCGCAACUUCUUCUUGUCAGACCGGGGAGACAACCCUUUUUGGACGGCAAAGAUGUCUGUCUAUGCUCGCGACCGUGUUACUUUGGACAGUUUUGCCGUCACUGACCUUAGCAGGAAAAACAUGAGUUGGGCUCGCGCAUGGGCGAAGGAUGGGACGAGCAGCUAUGUUGAGGAUCUCUACAAGUGGGUAUGUGACAGUCCCGAAUCUUUCUACAACAACAUAUACGGCAACUUGCCGCUCGAUGGCUGGUGGCCAUGGCCAAAAGCCGACGAUGAUGAUACGCUGCAUCUUGACGCAGUGGAAUACGAAUUGGAAUCAUCGACAUGA